GUGUGCGUGUGCGUGUGUGGUUACGCGUUGUUUGCGUGUUACAGGGAAGAUCCUGGCGAUAGACAGGAGUGAAGAAUUCACAGCAGGAAACACGCAGCAGACGGGGACGUUCUCAGACUCCCUGACCUUCAAGUCUCGACUUGAUUCCCCGCUCUCAAGUAGACCACGUUUUGUUCGUUUCGGAAACUUCGUCCUGUAUGUGCGUUUUCUUUCCUGAGCGUUUGACAGUCCUGCCAUGAGUGUGUUGUGUCGCGCUGUCGGCGUCUGCGCUUUGUGUCUCUCAUACUUUCACAUUCGACUCAUUCAGAAGGCGAGUGAACACCUGGGGGACCACCGUCGCAUUGAAGCACAGCGUUCUGUCCUCUGAGGGCAAAGAAAGAUGAGGUUCACGGGCUACAUGAGACUGCUCAUUAAAGAGGCAGUGGACUUACAGCCCACCACUUUCUCUACGCGCCACACUUACCAGAGGAAGACGCAACAUCUGGAUCCUUACAUCGUGAUCAAAGUGGACAAUUUUAAAGUGGGCCAGACAGCCGUCAGACCCAAGACCAAACAUCCCGUCUUCAAUGAAGAAAUCUGCCCGUAUGUAUGCGAGGGCAAAGUGCUAGAGCUGGCCGUUUUCCACGAUACACCGAUUGGAUAUGAUGAUUUCGUCGCAAACUGCACCAUGCAGCUGGAGAGUCUUCUAACGUCAACCAGCAGCAGACAGACGUUUGAGGGAUGGGUUAACCUGGAACCAGAGGGCAAGGUCUAUGUCUCCAUGACUCUUACAGGCACCUUCACAGAUGAUGAUGCCACUGUUAAUGGAUGGAGGUCUCAUAAGCAGUUAAGCAGGAAACGACAGAGGGCUUUAAAGAGGAAAGUGCAUCAAGUCAAUGGACACAAGUUCAUGGCCACUUUCCUGAAGCAGCCUACAUUCUGCUGCCACUGCAAAAAUUUUAUAUGGGGCGUUUUUGGCAAGCAGGGCUACCAGUGUCAAGUAUGCACCUGUGUGAUCCACAAGAAAUGCCACCACCUGGUUGUUAGUGAGUGUCCCAAGAUGAAAAAAAUGGCAAGUGAGGGUCCCAGUCAAGGCUUUGGAAUCAACAUACCUCAUCGAUUUCAUGUACGCAACUAUAAAGUGCCCACUUACUGUAACCACUGUGGAUCACUCCUGUAUGGUCUGGUGAAACAGGGUCUUCAAUGCAAAGGUUGUAAGAUGAACGUGCAUAUUCGUUGUGAAGACAAUGUUGCUCCCAAUUGUGGGGUGAACAGUGCAGAGCUGGCAAGCAAGUUGGCAGAGAUUGGCUUGGAAGCAGGCAGACUCAGCAAGCGCCAAUCCCAGAUAAGCAUUUCCACAGUAAAGCCUACAAGUACAAGUAUUAAAAGUCUAGGACAACCUGAGGAGGCUGAGGAGGAGGUUAUGAGGGUAGGGAUUGAGGAUUUUACAUUCCUACAGGUCCUGGGAAAAGGCAGCUUUGGCAAGGUGAUGUUGGCUCGCUUGAAUGGUGAUGAACAAGUGUAUGCUGUGAAGGUUCUGAAGAAAGAUAUCAUUCUCCAAGAUGAUGAUGUGGAGUCCACCAUGAUUGAGAAGCGGGUUUUGGCUCUGGCCCACCAUCACCCAUACCUUACACACCUCUACUGCUGUUUUCAGACUGCUGACCGUUUGUUCUUCGUCAUGGAGUUUGUAAAUGGUGGCGACCUCAUGUUUCACAUCCAGAAGUCUCGACGGUUCGAUGAAGCCCGAGCACAGUUCUACGCUGCUGAAAUAACCUCAGCUCUUAUGUUCCUUCACUCUAAAGGCAUCAUAUACAGAGACCUGAAAUUGGACAACAUACUACUUGACAAAGAUGGCCACUGUAAACUGGCAGAUUUUGGAAUGUGCAAGGAAGGGAUUACUGCCGGGGUCCUGACUGCCACAUUCUGUGGGACACCAGACUACAUUGCACCUGAAAUCAUUCUAGAGGAACCAUAUGGCGUGUCUGUGGACUGGUGGGCUAUGGGUGUCCUUCUGUUUGAGAUGCUCUGUGGACAUGCACCAUUCGAGGCAGAGACGGAGGACGAAUUGUUUGAGUGUAUCCUCAGGGAUGAAGUGAUCUAUUCUUCGUGGCUUAGCAAUGAGGCAGAGGACAUCCUUCGAGGGUUCUUGAUGAGAGACGCUUCAUGUCGGCUGGGCUGUGCAGAGAGGGAUGGAGGGGAGAAGGCCAUUACUUCUCACCCCUUCUUCAGAGACUUGGACUGGGAGAAGCUGAGGAAGCGCGAGUUGGAUUCACCCUUCAAACCUCGAAUAAAAUCUUCAGAGGACGUGAACAAUUUUGAUCCCGACUUCACCCAGGAAGAGCCCACACUCACCCCUAUAGAAGAGGCACUAAUCCCACUGAAUCAAGAUGACUUUAAAGACUUCUCAUACACAGCUCCUGAGCAACCGCAUACUUAAAACACAAAUAUGUCUGUAGUGCUUAUUUAUACUUAGGGUCAUACAUGAACACAUUUUAAACAUGCCAAAACAUUUUUAGUUCUACAAACAAUGAAAGUGUUUAUUGGAAUACGACAGAAGGAAUUUGUGCACUGUUUGAUUCACUGCUGUCCAAACGCCCAGGAACAUGUAGACCUUAUUUUAUUUUUAACCCCAACUCUGUCCUGGAAUCCUCCUGGAGUACCAAUUUUAGUGCUGUGAUUCAAAACCUUGGUUGUUUUAGAUCCAGAAUGUUGUGUUUUUCCUGCUUAAACAAACACAUGAUUAAAUCUGUUCAUAAUAAAUCCUAUAAUCAACGAGUAA